ACGACGCCUUCGUGCUCAAAGUGUUUCUGACAUCCCUGCCAUAAUGUCUGCGUUGUAUGCUUCCAAAAAGUCUACCUUAGAGGCAUUAGCCACCAACUUGAAGCUCUCCAUUGCUUCAUCAGCUUUCCAGAAACAAGUCUCGGUUUCUGUCAAUGAGGAUGCUGACUCCACAGCCUUGUUGGUUGACAAAAAGGCCGGUUUUGAGUUAUCUGAACCCAAUGCCGUUGUCAAGUAUCUCUCCAGCGACUUUACUGAUGCUUCUGGUGCCAUUGCCUUUGAAGAGUCUCAGUUGUACCCAGCACUCAAGGCUAACUCUGCUGACAAAAUCAGCCAAAUUGCCACUCCAGCAUACUUUGAAAAGGCUGAGAUCACGGCAGCUCAGAUCAUCUUGUUCUCCGCACUCUACCCAGCUUUGAAGGACUCGAAGUCCACUUCCGAAACCACGGAAAUAGCAAAGUGGUUCCAGGAUUUCGCAUCCAUCGAAGUUGUUCAGUCCGGAAUCAAGCACGCUCUCUCUAUCACCACUUUGGAAAGACCCAAGGCCGUCAAUACCGGAGCACAGAAAGUCAAGACAGGCCACUUGGUUAAGCCACAGGCUGAGAGGAUCGUCCCUAAAGACAAUGAAAGAAACAUCUUGAUCACAUCGGCUUUGCCUUAUGUUAACAAUGUCCCUCAUUUGGGUAACAUCAUUGGCUCAGUAUUGUCGGCUGAUAUCUACGCUCGUUACGCUAAGAAUAGAAACUACAACGCUGUCUAUGUAUGUGGUACUGACGAAUACGGCACUGCUACUGAAACCAAGGCUCUUGAAGAAAAAGUCACCCCCCAGCAGUUGUGUGAUAAGUAUCACAAGAUCCACAAGGAGGUGUACGAUUGGUUUGACAUUGGUUUCGACUACUUCGGCAGAACUACAACUCCCUUACAGACAGAAAUCGCCCAGGACAUCUUCACCAGGUUGCACAAGAACAACUACUUGGAAGAAAGAACUACCGAACAGUUGUACUGUGAAGAGCACAAGUCGUUUUUGGCCGAUCGAUUUGUAGAAGGCACUUGUCCCCACUGUCAGUACGAAGAUGCCAGAGGUGACCAGUGUGACAAGUGUGGGAACUUGCUUGACCCCUUGCAGUUGAUCAAGCCACGCUGUAAAGUAGAUGGAGCCACUCCUGUAGUUAGAGAAUCCACUCAUAUUUACCUUAAGUUAAAUGAAUUGGAAGGAGAGUUGGCCGAGUGGGUCGAUCACGCCUCUUCGCAUGGCGAAUGGUCCAAGAAUGCUAAGACCAUCACGGCUUCGUGGAUCAAGCGGGGUUUGGAACCCAGAUGUAUCACAAGAGACUUGUCCUGGGGUACACCGGUUCCUUUGGAAGGGUAUGAAGAGAAGGUGUUGUAUGUGUGGUUUGAUGCCACCAUCGGGUACGUUUCCAUUACCGCCAACUACUUCAAGGACCAUAAUGGUGACGACUGGCGCAAGUGGUGGAAGAAUCCCGAAAAUGUAGACUUGUACCAAUUCAUGGGUAAGGACAAUGUUCCUUUCCAUACAGUAGUGUUCCCAGCUUCACAAAUCGGUACCAGAGACGUCUGGACCAAAUUGCACCACUUGAGCACUACUGAAUACUUGCAAUACGAAAAUGGUAAGUUCUCUAAGUCCAGAGGAGUAGGUGUAUUUGGUAACUCUGCCAAGGACACCGGUAUUCCAGCCUCUGUCUGGAGAUACUACUUGGCUUCUGUGAGACCAGAGACAUCUGACUCCCAAUUCUCGUGGGAGGAGUUCGUCACCAAGAACAACUCGGAAUUGCUUGCCAACUUGGGUAACUUUGUCAACAGAAUCGUUAAGUUUGUCAUCGCCAAAUACAAUGGGGUCAUUCCCAAGUUUGACACAAAGAACGUUCCUGACUACGAAAAGUUCGAAACCGAAGUUAACCAGUUGUUGAAGUCUUACGUCGAUACCAUGGAGGCUGUCAGUUUGAGAAAGGGUUUGGAACUCGCUAUGGCCAUCUCAUCUCGUGGUAACCAGUUCUUGCAAGACAACAAGUUGGACAACUCGUUGUACGCCAACCUCCCAGACAAGUCCGAUGCCGUUGUCGGUGUAGCCUUGAACUUGGUCUACUUAGUCAGUGCCAUCAUAUUCCCAUUUAUGCCUGAAACUACCAAGCAGAUCAACGAAAUUUUGAACGCUCCAGCCUUGUCCAUCACUGACAAGUUCGAGUUGGUGUUGGAAGCUGGCCACAAUAUCGGCAAAGCCCAAUACUUGUUCAAGAGAAUCGACGAAAAGAAGAUUGCUGAAUGGAGAAGCUUGUAUGGGGGACAACAAGAGAAGAAAUAGACAAGAAUAGAGAUUUAUGGUAGAGUGUUAUGAUUAUAUAAACAAUGUAUGUUUAAUGUAAAUAGUUGAAG